UUGCAGUCUCAAUGCAUCUGAAGGGCAUCAGAUCACAAGGCACUAUACACAUCCCCGCUGAAACAAACAGGAAAUGUAAAAGUGUUCUUGCACCAACCCCAAGGGAGUAUGUGUGAAAGUAGAGUGUCCGACUGGAUGGCAUCCUAUGGCAAAUUCUCCUUGAUGACUUGUAGACAACCCAACAGGAACUGAAAGUAUAACUGAAGUUGCUGAAGCUAAAAGAGCUAUGAAGACCCACAAGUCUCCAGAGAAGACAACAGGAUCCUCUGCUCCUUCCCGAUGGCACAGGGGCAGGUUUCGGCGCAAGCCCUCCUCGCAGACAAUGGUGAAGGGACAGCUUCGGAUGCGGUCACCCUCAGGAGUCUUUGUGAUGGUGGGGAUCUCAGUGGUCCUAGUGGGAAUGACCAUUGCUGUGAUUGGAUAUUGGCCUCAUCGUACAAAGUCUGGAAGUGGUAGGCCAGGGAACUCCAGUGAUGCAGGAGACAUAAGGAAGGAAAUCAAGGUUUCUCCCCAAGCUCAUCCCUUCCUUCACAGUGAGAAAUUGAAGCUCAUUGGACCAGUUGUCAUGGGUGUGGGACUCUUCAUCUUCAUCUGUGCUAAUACUAUGCUGUAUGAAAACAGAGAUAUGGAAACUCGCAUGUUGAUGCAGCAGGAACUCUAUUCCAUGGGCCUGAGACUCCCACAGGACAUGGGACCAGUAAGUGAUUACUUUCAGAGAAGAAGGACCACCUCAUCCACUCUCAGGGCCAAUGCUGAAUGUGUAGAAGGCUACUACGAGGUGGACCUUUCUUCCAGUGGCUUCCAAUCCUGCUCCAGCCCUGUGAAGAAAUGGGUCAAUAGCUGCAAUUCCAGCAGGCUCCAGACUACUACCCAGUUCUUUCAUCACAAGAGUGUCUCACCUUCACUUUCCCUCUUGAGUAUCCAUUCUGACUCCAGUAACACCAUGCCAGAGAAUGGAGCCUUCUCCUUUGCUCGUGGAGCAGAGUCAGUCCUCUCUACAGCUGUCAAUGCCCUGCCUUUGCCUCUCAUUAAGCUUAACAACUGUCUUCUUGAAAAGCAGAGUGUUUCUCGGGUGGGUGUCCGGGACUUGGAAGGCAAUUGUAGGUUGCCAGAGGAGAAGGAGGAGGUGCGGAGACUCUCGUGGGCUCUUCUGCCUGGAUGCAACCGCAUUGUGCCCAGAAAGGACACACUGAAAGGCAGCCACAUAGUUAUUGAUAUGGAUAGCAAGCCCCACUCAGCUAUCUUGAUGGAUACAUUCAUGCAUCAUGAAUGUGCAAAGAGAGAGUUCCCAAAUUCGGGUCACUCUAAAUCUCUGGAUCUUGGCCAGCCAAGAACAGCAUUGGUGGCACCGAGUAUAGGUAGGAAACACAGGAGCUGGCCUAGGCUUGACCACAUUGGCCUACUCAACUAUGCAAAACUGGAAAGCCAAGGAGAAUCUUCUGAUAGGCUUUUGGAGGCAUCAAAAGAGCUUUUCAGGGGGGAGAGCAUUCCAUUAUCCCAGGAAAUUCCUAUGAAAACAAGUCCUGGUAUCUAAUCAAGCACCCAAAGGGAACUCUGUUAUUUUGCUGUGUCAAGUUGGCAUUGCCAAGAGGGGACAGAUUGAUAGGUAUUUACAAUGAACAUUGCAAUGGUGGCUGCUUAAUUCAUCAGCCAAUGUCUGAGCCCAAACCCUGUUGUCAACGGUGAAAUCCUUUGGAUGACUUUCUUCCCAAGGGCCUAUGGUUUCUUGCCUUAAUUAAAAGUCUGAUUGAGUGUGAAAAACUUUGCCUUGAAUGGACUACACAUUCCAGGUUAUGUAUGCGUGUGUAGGAAUAUGCACACUGUGUAGGUUUGUAGUUCCAUGUCACACAACUGGUCUCCUCACAAUGCACUUGUCAGGGCUGCAGGGAAGAGUCAGACGACUGCUUGACUUCAGAAAUGCUCAAGUGGUGCCUCCUAAAAUCACAAAGACCUGGUUUUAAAGAGUCAUGAAGUUAUACUUUUAUACAUGGGUGCAAGUUACUGAAUACUUUGAAGCUCAACUGCAGUUCCUGCCUGAAGUCUUUUAAUGCUUGGGUAGGAAUACUAGUUUGUUUGUUUUUUUAAUUUUAAAGACAGUUUAAAUACACUUAUAUUGCUGAUCUCAUAAUUUGGAAUCUAUGAAAGCCAGUGAUUUCUAAAGUAAAAAAAAAAUCCUACAAGUUAAUUGGUGACUCUUCUUUAUUUGCUUCAUUUUUAGGGAAUCAAUGAGUACCUAAAACCCUUCAAAGUAGGUCAGGUCAGGUCAGGAAACGGACUCCCCAAAGAUUUCUGGCACUUACUUUAUUUAUAAAGGGUGUAACAACGGAAUCUUGAAAACCUGGCAGAGAUUCUCUCUCACCCUUCUUAUACCUAAGAGAAUCAAGGUGGGCUAAUCUUCAGUUUCUUCCCCACUCCCUCCUCCCUUUCCAGGCUAAGCUGGUGUUGAGUGAACAGCUGUUGAAUAUCUUCUUCAAGACCAUUUCCAUACCCCUCUACAACAGGGUUGUUAAAGCUUGUCUCACACCAUUAAGAGCUAGAAUAAUUAGUUAUGCCAUAAUGAUCUCUUUUCCCAUCUUUUGAUUGAUCCCAUCUUCUUGGGUUUUGUUUUUGUUUUGCCUUUUCCAUUAGUCCUUUACUUUUAAUUUACAACCCAAGUUGUA